AUGACUAUUGUCAACGAGAGUGCAGAGGAGGUAUCCGCGGAUACUCUUCACUCCAUGAACGUGGCCAACAGGCCCGCAAACUUGACCGUGAGUCAAGCAUAUAACGCCAGCGCGGUUGAUCCGGUCUGUGAUCGGGUGCUUUAUGGUCUCCUGGCCUAUAAACCCCAAGCCGCAGGUCGGAUUAAAAUGGCGUUGACCAACUACCUCGGCCAAUUCAACAACCAAACAGACCUCGACCUCUAUCUUCAAACGUACCGACCAGAUGCAACCGGCCCCGCAAGCAAUUGCACAAACGUGAACAUAGCCGGCGGUAUCAAUAAGCAAUCCCACGCCACGCCAGACGAGCUCAGUGCAGGGCUGGGCCGCGAAGGAAACCUAGAUGUCCAAAUCAUGAUGGGCAUCGCCUACCCAACGCCCCUGAUCACAUACAGCACUGGGGAGUCCCUCCCUCCGUUUCAUCCCGACCUCUUCACGCCGACCAACACCAACGAGCCCUUCCUCACCUGGCUGCAUUACAUGCUCGCCCUAGCCGAUCUCCCCCAAGUCAUCAGCACCUCCUACGGCGACAUCGAGCACACCGUCCCGCCCGCCUACGCCCAACGUGUCUGCGAGGCCUUUGCCCAGUUCGGCGCCCGCGGCGUCACCCUCAUCCACGGCUCCGGCGACACCGGCGUUGGCCGCGCCGGGACCUGCCUCUCCAACGACGCCUCCCCCGAAGUUCAAGGAGCUGGCUUUGCGGUCGCGUUUCCGGACUCAGCGGCCGUGGUAUUAUAG